UCGCUACUAUCACUUCAACAAAAUACUCCUAUACAUUAUCGGUCAAUGGCCGUUUCAAUCGCGACUUCAAAGCAACAUAAUGUUAGUCAUUAUGGUGUUGUUGGUUUCCACUUUGACGGCCUUAGAGUUUUGGGGCUUGCUAGCUGGGAUUACGGAUUUGAGCAUCAUCUUGGAUAAUGUUCCGCCGUUACUAAUGAAUAGUUUCUUCGCAAUAAAGUUAAUAAAUUGUUUGUGUAAUAAAUAUAAAAUGAAAGAGUUGCUGGAGCACAUCGAAAAGACUUGGAAAAUAAUGCACGUAAGACCUGAGAAUAAAAUAUUAAGAUUUUACGCAGAAGAAAGCAGAACAUUCACAAUACGAUACAUGGCUGGUAUGUACACGGCAUGGUUCCUUUAUUGCGGAAUACCAAUGGUCAUUAGCCAAAUUAAUUUACUCUUACCGGCGAACAAAACUUAUUCGGUCAGGUUUCUGUAUCGUAUGGAACAUGUUCUCGACAUGGACAAAUAUAACAACUUGUUGAUGCUUCACAGCUUUUUCACCGUAUUUUACAUAAUCUCCGUUUUGAUACAACGUAGAGCGUGUACAAGGUUCGGAUCUUAUGUUACUCAACCCGAAUAUUACGGAUGACGAAGCAUAUCAUGCCCUAAUCAAUUGCAUCAAAUUGUAUAAGCG